UGUACUUUCGACCCGAUGGAAAAACUUAUGGAAGAUGGCUUUAGUGAAAGAUGGGACUAAAAAGGAAGCUGUCACUGCUGUUUUGAACUUUCUCAAUGAUUUUCCUCAACUUCAUCGACCAAGAAACAACUGGGGGUUGCAAUUUAACUUUGAUCAAGGUAGUGUCCUCUUUGUUGCCAUUGCACCUGCUGGUAUACUUCACCUAGAUUUCUCUGCAGGGAAACAAGAAUCUCAAAGGCAAUUUAGCUUGUCCUUGGGGCGAAACCAGCGAAUUUACUACCACCACCAGCCAUCUCUUUCCACUGCAUUCAACUUGAAAGCUCUUUAUCUUGUAUCAGUUUGUCAUGUUUCUUCAGAGAUGGUUUCUUGUCUGUCGUCCAAUAUCCCAUCUCUUGAAAGUCUGACAAUAGCAAAAUGCAAUGGAUUACAAUCUAUUCAACUUGAGAGUAAUUCAGAGCUUCAAAAAUUAACCGUCUUAGAUUGCUUCCAAUUGGAGUCUAUCAGGAUGCAUUUCAAUUUACAGUUUAGGUUAAAGUCCUUCCAAUGUCGAGGAAGGGUUGUGUGUUUUAAAUAUUAUGAUGAAGAUCCACUCUACUACCGGUAUCCUCCUGCCAAUGAUUGUUCACAUUCGGACCUGAAAGACGCCAUGCUUGAUUUUAGACAAGGCCCUGGCUACUAUGGCAUCAAUAUACCUGGCUUUGAAUUAAUCCCUCAAAGCAUAAGAUGGGUCAAAACUCUGACAUUACGUAGAUGGGUUUUCGAGGAAUUGAUCUUACCAGAGCUAAACCCUUUAGGUGAAGGCUUCUGCAAGCUAACAGAAUUGUGGUGGAUUGAUAAUUCACCAGAGAGAUAUAACAGUAAUGCCUUAAUCUCCUUUCUCAAACUCUGUCCUCAGUUAACCAGGCUCUAUAUCACUAUCGAUCCUAACAGCUAUAACAUGGCAAACAUAAAGAUGUCUUCGAUCAAGGUCACGAGGUCUACGAAAUUGAAGCAUCUCAAGGCUGUCAAGUUAGAGGGAUUUGCCAAUGAGGAAGAGGAGUUUGAUCUGGCAAAGCAGUUGAAAGAGGUAUUGGAAGCAGAACCACUGAUUAUAAGGUGGGAUGGAACUGUGAGACGUCUAACAAAAGUACAAAAGCAGCUAAAGAAAGGGACAGAUCCAUAUGAAUAUAUUGAGCAAAGAGUUGAAAAUCUUAAUGAAUUAUGUCCUAAACAUCCUCACAUGGACCACUAAAGGGAAGAAGUUUUCACUUUUUAUACCUGUAAAUCAUUCACCAAAACAGAAGAAGGAAACCAUAAUCUCAAUUUUGUGUCUUUGAGGAUUGAAAGGAUUUUUGUUAUUGUACCUUUGGUUCUUGGAUGGGAAGUGCAUGCAUUGUG